AGUGUUUGCAGUGAGCGUCGUUAAUAUUUGCUAACUGUGUUGCAGAGAAGCACACACUGCUGCACAGGGAGAAUGGAUGUUGUUGAUGACAAACUCCGUGCUGUUGUGGUUGUUAGAUCUGCACGGAAAGGUGAUAAAAGCAUUUUAACAGCAACAUUUCCUUUCCUCUUCAUCAAUGCUCCAUUAUUACGUGGUUUGGAAGAUAUUCUUGUUUGGAAAUCAUUCACUCUGCAAGGCAGGGAAUAAAUGCUUAAAGUUGGUCUUAAAUAUUAAUGAGCUCAUCUCAAUGACAGAACAACCUGCCCAAUAACAUUGCUAAUAAGUUGAGGAAUGGACAUGAGCUCCAGGUGUUUUCAAGUACUCAGCUCAGUUGCAAUCACCUUACAAGUAAAAACAAUGAGAUACUACUUACAUCAGGUUAUUUUCCCCCAUCUCUUUAUUUCAGGAAACAAAGCACAGAGAGCAAAAAUGUUCUAAGUACUUUUUAAUGCAGGUAUAAUUAGACUUAGUACUGUGGCACCUUGCAAACAAAUGCAGCUCUGAGAUGAAUUUUGCAAGCAUGGAGUGGUCAGUGGCACCGUGUGCUGAAAUCCUUCAAUGGGUUUUGCUUCAGGUUUUGGGGCUACUGAAAUUAUGGGAAUAGACCUUUCUUUUUAAUGACAAAAAAUUGCAAAUCUGGAAGUUUACUUUCUGUGUAGUUAAACCAGUUGCUUGUAGAGCUUUUGCAAGUACAACUUGAAUGGCGUUUUCCUAUGAAUUGGCCUUUGUAAUAAAAAUCAACAAAUCACCUCACAGGCGUGGAAUGUCAGUGAGUGCUGAGACUUUGUAUGUUGUAGAUUGUGUGAGGAUUCUAUCUUCAGGGACAGUUUUAAUCCAAGUUAGGAUUUUACCCCAUAUCUCAAGUUGUCCUGUUUACACGAACAAAAAAAGGCAGUUCCAAAACAUCUCACCAGCCUGCAAAUCACUGUGUGUGUGUGACAGCCUCACAAAACGAUGGCUGUGCUUCUCUCUCUUCAGAUUGUUGCCAGAACAUCAUUAGUGAGUACGUGCAAUUCCCCAGAUGGGAUGUGGUCAGUGAUAUUAUGUGCCAGGGCUGCAAAACCGAAAAGUGUUUUGGAUCCCUUCGCUUUAUGUUUCUACCACAGAGAAAUCCUGAGCUGGACUGGAUGGUUCAUUGCAGCCAGAACUCAGAACAGUUGUAGACAACCCUAUGGGAGACUGAGAUUUCAAUUCUUCCAUCCUCUUAUUUACUGAUGGACCAUAAGCCAUUUGCAGGAGCUGUGUAGAUUGCCUGUCAGUGUGCCCGUACAUUCAUAUGGAUUGCACCAUCAGCACUUGGUGGUCAAGUUUCGCCGCACUGGAGAAAGUUCAAGGUCAGAGGAAGAUGCCAUUUCAGGAGAACAUGAAAUUCAGAUUGAGGGUGUUCAGACAGAGCUAGAAGCUAUUGAGCUGGAGGAUGGAGCUGCAGUACCAAAAGAAUUUGCCAACCCAACUGAUGAUACUUUCAUGGUGGAAGAUGCGGUGGAAGCCAUUGGAUUUGGGAAGUUCCAGUGGAAGCUCUCUGUUAUUACAGGAUUAGCAUGGAUGGCAGAUGCUAUGGAAAUGAUGAUUUUAAGUAUCCUAGCUCCUCAGCUUCAUUGUGAGUGGCGAUUACCAAGCUGGCAGGUUGCAUUGCUCACAUCGGUAGUGUUUGUGGGAAUGAUGUCCAGCUCCACCCUCUGGGGAAACAUUUCAGAUCAGUAUGGGAGAAAAACAGGGUUAAAGAUUAGCGUGUUAUGGACUCUCUAUUAUGGGAUCCUCAGCGGUUUUGCACCGAUAUACAGCUGGAUCUUGGUGCUGAGGGGCCUGGUGGGCUUUGGGAUUGGAGGAGUGCCUCAGUCGGUAACAUUAUAUGCUGAAUUCCUUCCAAUGAAAGCCAGAGCAAAAUGCAUUUUAUUGAUAGAGGUCUUUUGGGCUAUUGGAACUGUGUUUGAAGUCCUCCUAGCAGUGCUGGUGAUGCCCACUCUUGGCUGGCGGUGGCUUCUCAUUCUUUCUGCCCUCCCGCUUUUGCUCUUCGCCGUUCUAUGUUUUUGGCUGCCAGAAAGUGCAAGGUAUGAUGUAUUAUCUGGAAAUCAAGACAAAGCAAUUGCUACUUUAAAGCGGAUAGCAACAGAAAACGGAGCUCCGAUGCCUUUAGGAAAAUUAAUUAUUUCCAGGCAGGAAGACCGAGGAAAAAUGAGGGACCUUUUUACACCCCAUUUUAGAUGGACCACAUUGUUACUCUGGUUUAUAUGGUUUUCCAAUGCUUUUUCAUACUAUGGGUUAGUUUUAUUAACUACAGAGUUCUUCCAGGCAGGAGAUGUCUGCAGCAUUUCCAGUAGAAGAAAAGAAGUUAAAGCAAAGUGCAGCCUGACCUGUGAGUAUCUGACAGAAGAAGACUACACUGAUCUGCUCUGGACAACCCUGUCAGAAUUCCCAGGUGUGUUAGUAACACUGUGGAUUAUUGAUCGGAUAGGCCGCAAGAAAACCAUGGCCCUGUCCUUUUUUGUCUUCUCGUUCUGCAGCCUGCUGCUGUUUCUCUGUGUUGGAAGAAAUGUUCUUACUGUGCUGCUCUUCAUUGCAAGAGCUUUUAUUUCAGGAGGAUUUCAGGCUGCUUAUGUUUACACUCCGGAGGUUUACCCAACAGCCACACGUGCUUUGGGCCUGGGAACGUGCAGUGGAAUGGCCAGAGUGGGAGCCCUCAUAACGCCAUUCAUUGCACAGGUGAUGUUGGAAUCUUCAGUCUACUUAACACUGGCAGUUUACAGUGGAUGUUGCCUGCUGGCUGCUGUGGCUUCCUUCUUCUUGCCUAUUGAAACAAAAGGUCGUGGCUUACAGGAGUCCAGCCACAGAGAAUGGGGACAGGAGAUGGUUGGGAGAGGAUCUCAUUCCCCAGGAGUCACCAGGUCUAAUUCUGGGUCACAGGAGUGAUGAGACAUUAAAGAAUGGAUGAAAUAAGCAAGAUACGUUCCACAAAAGGACAACUCUGAAGCAUAGAAAGCACUGCCAAUGUCACGUGUCAAACUGCAGGAACUUUAGGGUUGAACCUAAGUAAAUUGUGUCACUACUGCUCUUUGCUCACACACAUAAAAACUUUACUUCCAUAUUGAAAGGCAUUUGAUCCAGAUGUUGUUUGAAAUUUAGCAGGAAGGGUUUUUCUUAAGUCUGUUGUGCUUGCAUGGUCAGCUAUUCAGCUUAAAUGUCCCGUGUCAAGCAAAUAGUUAACUGAAUGCCAUUCAGUAUAAGCUGUAAUUAAAAUCAUGUACUCUCGAUGCCUAAAAACAAAAGGUUAAUAUUUAUUGUGUCCUUGGCAUAGCACACAGUGGAUUCCAUACACUACAAAAUAGGUUUUAUGAACUAGAUGCCUGCCUUGCACUUUUUAGCCAUCAACAACAACAAUGCAGUAACAGCAAACCAACUGAUGCUUACUAUUCCCUUGCUUAUGGGUUCUGCUCCUUGAGGAUUAACAGGCAACGUGAGUGAGAUUGCUUGGAAUCCAUUUCCUGAAUGUUUCUCUCACUCGUGGCAGGUAGUUUGAGUCAGUGAGGAGUUGUGUUUGCUGCAGAGCUGGAAUCUCAUAUGGGAAACGUAUGAACUCUGUAAAUCUUGAUGCUUUGGAGCAGAAUUUAUUUGACUUUUCUACCAUUGCCAGGAACAUUGAGCACUGUGUUGCUUGGUGAAGGCUGCUUCAGCUGUGCUGGUGUCUCUUUGUGUGUGGAGAUGCACGCUGUGGUUUUCUGCAUGGGUUCAGGUCUGUUUCUGCUCAAUUUGCCUAAGUGUGUUCCUGCAGUGGUGUACCCAGAACCUUUGGUGAAGAUGCCUCAGUCUGAACAGCUACGUGGAACAGUUUGGAUGGAGCCUGUUUGGAGUGUCUCCCAACAGAAGCUGGUCUCCUGACAGAUGGACUGUACUUGUCAAUAGCUGCAGAUUGCACGACUGCAAUGGUAAGCAGGUGACAAAGGAAUGUAGCUGGCAUCAUGUCAGAAACAAAAGUCCUGGGAAGAGCUAAACCACGAUCUUCCUAAGAAGAGCAACUUUGCUCCUUCAGAUGUAACCAGCCCAUGGAGGCUGAUGAUCCUGCUCUUGUUGGAGAAUGCAACAGAGUUCAGGUGAGGAUCAGUUUGUCUUGUUCGUUAGAAAUCUUUCUCUGCAGGUAGUCAGAAUUCAGAGUCUGUGGACGUGGCAGCAAAGAAAUACAAACAGAAACUGAGACCUGUCUCAUCUAUGUCUCAGUUUGCUUUCUGAAUUCCUUGCUAUGGAACACAUGCCCAAAUGGAAUGAGAUGGACUAAAUGCUAAUCAACAGGCUGUGGGAAAGCAAUACAUUUUUCUAGUAUGUGUGGUCUGUUGUCUCACAGAAACGUAGGUAAGUGUGCAACAAGUUUUGCACAAUAGAGUAUUUUAAGUAUUCUGGGAACUGAGCCCCUUUUCUGUGGGGUAAUAACAGGUCACUGAGUCUGUUCUUGGGUGCAAUACGAAUGAACACUGCUGGGGUUUGCCUUUCACUUGGGGUGAAACACUGUAGUGCUGUAUAAUGCUCUGAGUGAGACACAUUGGGCUGUUUGUGUAUAGGAAAAUUAGACAAGAAACUGAGGAAACUCAGACUAAUUAGAAAAGGCCAAAGAGUUUGUUGAUGUUCCAUGUUUGAAUGUCUUCUGCUGAGGAAAGUUUGUGUUUGACAUGGCACCAGAAUGUCUGUCUGCUCACUUACUGCUUUCUGAUAGUGGCUGCAGCAAGAGGUUCUGGAGGCAGUUGGUGUAAGCAGGUCCUUUCCUUUUUGUGGCUACAUGAAAAAGCAGCUCAGCUUGCAGGGGAUCCUGCUGUAGAUACGGUGGAUGAUGUAGGAACGCACUGUCUGUUCCAGUGGCUGUUGCUUUGUGUGGGUCUGGUUAUCUCUGAUCUUUGUCUCUGCUGUGUCUGUAUUCCCUGUGCUUGGUCUCCAGCAAGCUCAAGUUUCAGUCAGCCCUCAGCAAACAGACAGGGCUCUCAUGGAACUGACAACAGUGCAAAGAAUGAGUUUUUUGCCACCUUCUAUCAGGCUGUCGUUGGGUAAUUUUCCCUAAUAUACUAUGCAACUGGGGUAGCUCAGUGCUGCCUCAGAGAUGCACUGACUCAUUUCCUUUGGAUGCACGAGGGAUGCAGGCAGAGGAAAGAAGCAUCUCCUGGAUGUUCACAGUUCAGCCCCCAAACUGGAGUGCCUGUAGGAGAAUCCAGCUGGGUGUGUGCCCAUCUUAGAGGUCAGGGUGAAUAUAAAGUGCAUGAAAUCCAUGGCUGGAUGAACACCACCUCAGAGCCUGACUGCUAUCUUGGUUUGUUACUGAAGGCCUUUUCCUUAAAAUUCUGCUUUUUUGGUGUUAAUGUUCACAUGGCACUUUGUUAAUAUAUAUAUUUUUGAGCCAUUAUUCAACAGCAUUGCAAUGGCCUUCAAAAGGUGCAGACAGCGAGUAAACUUCAAACAAAAUAUUGCCCACAUAGGUAACGCAAAGCCUUUGGGUACUGCUGAGUAACCAGCGUUAACCUGUAUCCAAACAAAAACUGAAGGCAUUUUUGCUUUUUACUUUGUAUGAAUUCUGCAACUGGGAAUGUAUCAGAUGACACAAGUGUUAUUAAGAGUGGAAGGACAUUGCAGACAGCUCACUGAAAAACCAAAGGAGCGUUUGGCUUGAUACACAACAGCCUGUAAAUAACCACACAUCACAUCCCAUCCAUGUGGCAACACCGCUGAUGUACAGAACAAGCUUCCAAAGAUCCUUUUACACACUGCUGAGUAUUUUUCACUGAUGAAGGAAUCAAUAGAGCUAGUUCAUUGCAAACAAUGAAGCGACGUGGUGAUGGGUUAUAAACUGGGAGCAAACAGAGUUGUGCGAUUCAGAGUUUUGCUGUCUGUCCAAUAUAUGAAUGUGCAAAGCUGUUGUGGGAACAGUAACUCUCCAAGUGUGCUUUGAUGGAAUGAUUUUGUAUCCCUAAAUGCUUGCAGAAAGAGCACUGAAUGUUUCCCUGUGUUUGAAUGUACAGUUUCUAAGCUGGAUACGUUUUGAUGUUUAAAAAACUUUGUGUAUACGGAGCUUGUUGUAAAAUAAUCUUUUCGUUCCUCUGUUACUGAUGCAACGUUGGAUGGUUUGAUUCCACACUGGAUAUUUUAUGUUGGAUAAAUAAAUAGUUUUUUUCAGUAAAAA